AAUAAUAAAAAUCUUUUGAUGAGUGGGGAUCGAAAAAAUUUGAAGCUUGGGGUUUAUUUUGUGGUUUUGAACUUGGUCAAAAUCAAAUUGAAAGAGAAUUGUAUAUGUUUUAGUUUUUUAUUAUAGUUAGUAGAUAAAAUAGGGGUAAAUUACACUUUUGGUACUCAAACUAUGUGUGGGUAACACUUUAGUCUUCAAAACUUUAAUUCGGUGCAACUUUUGGUUCGUAUUUUCUGAAUUGUUGCAAUUAAGUUUCACAACCUAAUUUUUUGGACUAAAAGUUUAUAAAUUAUUAAUGUAGAAGUAAUAUAGCAAUGUCGUAAUUGAUGAUACGACGAUAAUUAAGAUGUUAUAUCACUUCUAUAUUAAUAAUUCAUCAAUAUUUAGUCAAAAAAUUUAAAUUGUGUGAUUUGAUUGUAAUAAUUCAAAAAGAAAUUACAAUGAAUUAAAGUUUUGAGGACUAAAGUGUUGCAAGCCUCAUAGUUUGAGGAUCAAAAGUGUAAUUUAUCUGAUAAAAUUGCAUAAAUUGCACUAUUAGUCCUCAAACUUUUAGCUACAUUUCAUUUUGGACCUCAAACUUUUGUUUUCCAUAUUAGAAUAUCCCUAAACUCUUUAAAGAGUUUUAUUUUAGUUCCUACACUUAUUACUAUUUAGAAUAAACUAAUUUAUUACUCUCGGUGCAUCUAUAUAUUCAAUGCAUCUGUGUAUAUUCGGUGAUAACUUAUUCAGUAUAAUAUUAUCACCCAUGAUUUGGUACAAUAAUAUAUUUCUUAGUAAAGUGAUUUAACUUAUUUCGAAAAAAAAAAUGAUAAAACUGAAUAUGCUAUUUUGUUUUAGACAUUUGACGUAAUCUAUUCUGAUAUCCAAAUACUGAAACCUGAAAAAGUUUAGAGACGUAUUUACUAAAGUUUAAACGUUAGGGGGAUGUUUGUAUAUUUUCCCCUCACUGUUGCAUAGAAUUCCUUGUCCUGUACCUGCUAAACGGACAGACUGCACACAUCAUAGGAACUAAUAAUGUUCUCAGGCUGCAGGCAAAACAACAACUGCUAACUCUCAAACCUCCUGCUAUAACACCAAACUCCACUCUCUCUCUCUCUCUCUCCUUUACUUGCAGAAGAAGCAAAAUAAAAAGCUUUACAAACAACCAACACAACUCUCUCUCUCUCUCUCUCUCUCUCUCUCUCUCUUUUCAAGCUCUGGGUCUUUUGCUCUUAUGAUUUGUGUUUGUGAGUGUACUACUGAUGGAUACAUUGAAUCUCCAUAUAUAUAUAUAUAUAUAUACUCCUAUUGUUACUCUCUAGUUUUAUAUUUUAUAUGAUCCUUCUAUUAAGGUAUAAUAUUGUAUAUGAGAAGCUAUUCUUAUCAGAGUUUCUGCCUUUCGUCCGUAAAAUUUGAGAUUUGAUUUAUGCUUCAGCAAAACUCUAGAUUUUCUUAGAUUGCCGGAUGCUUUAGUAUAGAAACCAGACAGCUGAAAACAAAACCACAAGUAGGGCCAAACAGGAACAUGGAGGUAUGCAUGCAUGUCACAAGGUGCGCCUUUUCCUUUCCCAUGUUUGAUCAACCCUUCAAUUAUUGUACCCUCCAGAGUUUGGCGAACUUAACAUAGUUUCUGAGGAAUAUCACAAUCCAGCAAAAUGAAAAGUAGUUUGAGACAUGAGAAACCGUCAAUCCGCAAAACAGGAAGAGAAGCUCCAGGGAGUGAAUUUGAUCUUGAUCGCCGCGGUUCAAAGGAAACAAUCAAUGAUCAAGGAGUUUCGAGCGCUGCGGCGGCGAAUCCUAUGGCUUUCGAUCCCCGUAAGAUGAAGAGGAACUCCGCGAUCGAUGUCCGGCGCGAGUUGUGUGAAAAGAUCCAUGCCAAGAUGCAGUUUCUUGAAGAGGACACAAGGCUCAUGAAGGAGGCUAUUUUGGAUUGUGUGAAGGAUAGGGACAUCCUCAUGAGUGAGGUAUCUCACAAGCUUCACAUGAUAAGAGAGCAUCUAAGUAUAAUAAGCUCAGAGUGUAGGCUUGAUUGUCCUCCUAGGGUUUGCUCAUUUGAUCCACUCAAGUACCAUGCAGGAUGAUAGAAAAGAUAUUGGAUUACUGGGAGUGCUACACCAAGAUCUAACUCCAACACUCGUCGCGCGACGAGCGAAGAAAAUCAACGUCGACGCUUUCGACAACUAGCCUGAGCUGUUUAAACAUGUAAGUUAGUUCACUGAAAAAUAGGGGACUCUGAUCAGAACAUGGAACUUCAUUUGUAAAGCUAGCAUACAAUUCAAUGGAUUGGUAUUUAGUAUUCCAAACUUA